CCCCCGGGGCAGGGCGCGGGGCGGGGGCUGCCAUUUUGUGCGUGCCGGGGGGCCGCGCGGGGAGGGCGCCGCGCUGCUGCCGCGGGGUCGACAUGGCGGCCGCGUCGCCUAGGCGACAGCGGCGCGGUCACGCGGGCGCUGCCAUGGCGGCGCGGGCGCUGCUGAUGCUGGCGGCGGCGCUGGGCCCGGCGGGCGCCGUGUGGCCGCGGCCGCAGGCGGAGCGCCCGGCGCCGGGCGGCGGCCGCUGCUGUCUGCUGCCGCGCCGCUUCGGCUUCGCCUACGCCGCGUCGUCGGCGGUGGGGCCGGGCUGCGCCGUGCUCGACCAGGCCUUCCGGCGCUACUGGGAGCUGCUCUUCGCCGGCGCCCGCUCGGAGGGGCAUGAGCAACCCUGCGGAAAGCCCUGUGCCCAGCUCCUGGUCUCUGUGGCCUCUCCAGGGUGCGAUGGGUUUCCCAGCCUGGACUCCAAGGAGAGCUAUGAGCUCUCCAUCGCACAGGACUCCUUGCUGCUGUCUGCAGAUGCUGUCUGGGGAGCUCUCAGAGGCCUGGAGACGUUCAGCCAGCUUGUUGGGCGAGACGAGGAUGGCACGUACUACAUCAACGAGACGGAGAUCAUGGACUUCCCCCGCUUCCGUCACCGAGGCCUGUUGCUGGACACCUCUCGUCACUACCUGCCUCUGAGAGCCAUCCUGCAAACGCUGGAUGUCAUGGCUUACAACAAGUUCAACGUGUUUCACUGGCACAUUGUGGAUGACCCAUCUUUCCCAUACGAGAGCGUGACCUUCCCAGAGCUCAGCAAAAAGGGAGCCUUCAAUGCCGUCACCCACGUGUACACAGCCAGUGACGUGAAGAUGGUGAUUGAGUAUGCCCGGCUCCGUGGCAUCAGAGUAAUCGCAGAGUUUGACACUCCUGGGCACACCCUUUCGUGGGGUCCCGGUGCUCCAGGCCUCCUAACUCCCUGCUAUUUGGGCAAGAAUCUUUCUGGGACCUACGGGCCCAUCAACCCCAUCCUUAACAGCACCUAUGAGUUUGUGACCAGUUUCUUUCAAGAGGUCAGCGCUGUGUUCCCAGACUUCUUUCUUCACCUCGGUGGUGACGAGGUGGACUUCACGUGCUGGAAGUCAAAUCCAAAAAUCCUUGCCUUCAUGCAGGAGAUGGGAUUUGGUGAUGAUUUCACAAAACUAGAGUCGUUCUACAUCCAGCGGCUUUUGGACAUCAUCUCUUCCUUUGGCAAGGGUUACGUGGUGUGGCAGGAGGUGUUUGACAAUGGAGCGAAGGUGAGGCCAGACACAAUCGUCCACGUGUGGAAGGAGAACUCCCCACCGUACAAGCAGGAGAUGGCGGAAGUCACCAAGGCUGGCUACAGGGCUCUGCUCUCUGCUCCCUGGUACCUCAACCACAUCUCCUAUGGGCAGGACUGGAUGGAGGCCUACCAGGUGGAGCCUUUGCAGUUCGAAGGCAGCCCUGAGCAGAAGGAUCUGGUGAUCGGCGGAGAGGCCUGCAUGUGGGGUGAAUAUGUGGAUGUUACUAACCUGACCCCCAGGCUCUGGCCGAGAGCUGGGGCUGUAGCCGAGCGACUUUGGAGUAAUGCGACUGUGAGGAACCUGCAAGAUGCAUACGUGCGACUGGCCAACUUCCGCUGCGAGCUCCUCAGGCGGGGUGUCCAGGCUGAGCCGCUCUUUGUAGGAUACUGUGAUCAUGAAUUCGGUGGAUUUUGAAUGGAGAGCCCUGCUGCCCUCGCCCUCUGUGCGCACAAGAGGAAUGAUCUCUCCCUAUCCCUCUCUCUCCCCGCCCUUCCCUCAAAAGCUGCUGGCAUGUUAAAGGGACUUCCUUUCAUUUGCUCUUGCCUUGUUGCAAUGAGCAAUUUUUUAUUUGAUGGUGCACUCUUUGCCUCUUUUUCUAUUCUUAUUUGUUCUUUUAAAUCUAUAAAGAAAUGACCCCAAAGAGAAAAGGUGCCUUUUCAUGCUCUGUUGGGGCUUGGCAGACUGCGCGAGGAUUUUCGCUGUCAGAUCAGCUUGCUGUCGGAGAUGAGCAGGCCUGUUCCAGCGAUGCCAGUGGAGGAGCAUCCGGCUGCGCCUUGUCCCCGUGGCUCUGGAGCUGAACGUGUGCAUCUCAGGGACCGCAGCCCCACAGUGCCAAGCUCCGAGUUGCUUUUUCAGGUGGAUUUCCCCCUCCCUCCAAGCAGAGCUGCAGACCCUGCCUUGCCUCUGUGCUGAGUACACUACCGCUGGUAUAGUAGACUUCUGCUCCUUCCUCUGGCCCAGCUCUUGGGUCAGGGCCUGGGUUAGGACCAGCCCUGCCGUACAAGCUACUGUUGCUGUUGUAGGCAGCCAGGCUGUCUGGAUAAAUGGUUUCAUCCCUGCCUCAUCCCGGCUGAGGGAAAGUUAGUCUGUAGUCACACAGCGAUGUGUUUGCGGGGGAAAGGCUGGUCUUGCAGGUCCGAGGUUAGCUGUGGACUCCCCCAGGGUUUUUGCCUUGACCCCAACUGUUGCCUGCUGACAAAGUGCCAUACCUAUGCUGGGAUGUCACUGUGCAGAACAGCCCACCUUGGUUUUCCUUCUGUGGCCCUGCCUUUUGUGUAGGAGGUCUUGCCCUCCGUACGUCAGCGGUCAGUGUUGCCUGUUGGUUCCUGUCCUUGUCUCUGUCUCUCCUCCGUCCGCUCCCUCAGCUGCUCUGGCUGGGUCCGGGCAGGAGGCUUGUCUUCAAGCCACCGCCUCUGCUGCCCUAAACCCGGUCUGCUGCCACCUCCUUCUCUGGCUUUUGAGAAGAGGAGAUCCUGAAGCCCCUUGGAGGAAACCUCCCAAACCUGCUGUGCUGCAGCAGGCAAGCUGGAUCCGUGGAUGUUAUCGAGUCACCGCUUGGCCCCUCCAUCAGCCAUUGCCCAGCACUCAGCCAGCUUACCCAUCCUCGCACUGCUGCUCUGUCCUCAGGUGGGCUCCACGCCAGUUCUCCUGCAUCCGAGUAGGAGGAGAGUAGGUUCCUUGGAGAAGAGACUGGUGGUGUUGCGUUGCUGGUCUGAGGAGCCGGGGCAGUCUCGGUGCUUGUCCUCUGAUGGUCAGGGUUGCCCUACUGGAACCCAGUUCAGCCCCAGUGUGGGGAUUUCUCAGGGAGAGCUCCUGUACCACAGGAGUGUUGGGUGCGUGUCUGGAUGUGAAACGAGAGACCUGCUUUUAGCUCUCCGUUAUGGCUGGAAACUUUUUGCUCCUGUUCGUUUUGAAUUAAAAAUGUUACUGAAAUGGCA